AUGGCUACAAAGAAGGCCAGCGCACCAAGCACGGGCGCGGCAAAAACCACCCGACCAGCCACCCCCGCUGCGAUUGCCGCAGCGCCCACGGCUGCCCUGCAAUUCACCGUCUUCACCGCCACGGUCCCUGACCGCCUCACCAAGGUGCUCACCCUGGCCCCCGAUGGCACGCUGCACAAGGAAAGCGCCGCCAACAUGAUGCGCGGUAGCGCCGUGCGCUCCGUGGCGCACGGCCUGCAGGAACUGGCCGAUGUGCUGGAAGCCCUCGACCCCGCACAGGCCACGAGCUGGGGCGUGUGCGAUGGCAGCGUGGGCAAGCCUGUGCCCAUCGUCCCUGAGCGCGAAGUGGCCGAGACACCGGGCGCCAUCUCCCGCACCCGCAGGCACUUUGCUUACCCCGUCGGCCCCGGCGUGAUGAUGCUCGACCAUGACGGCGCACCCGAUGGCGAGCUGAGUGCGGACGUGUUCCGCCAGCGCCUGAUAGACGCCUGCCCGGCCCUGGCCGAUGCGCCCAUGCUGUGGCGCCCGAGCUGUUCGGCCGGUGUGUGCACUGCGGAUGGCCGCGAGCUGUCUGCACUCACGCGGCACCGUUUGUAUAUCCCGGUGCGCGAUGCCUCGCGCAUCCCCGAGGCAGGGCGCGCCUUGGUGCAAUUGCUCUGGGCUGCAGGCCAUGGCUGGUUCGACGUAGGCCGCGCCGGGCAGGCGCUGGAGCGCACCCUGAUCGACGCCAGCGUGUGGCAGCCCGAGCGCCUGGACUUCUGCGCGCCCCCGCUCCUGGGCAAGAGCCUGCAGCGGCCGCACGCCGCCCCUCGCAUCUUUGGCGAUCCGCUGGCCCUGUUCGACCUCGCGCUGAUUCCCCACGAUGCCGACAUACACAAGCAGGCCCAGGCCAUCAAGAAAACAGCCCGCACCCAGCUUGCAGGCCAGUGCGCAGCCCAGCGCGAGCGCUGGGGCAAGCCCGUUUCUGUGGGAGAAAUCCUCGACCGCCCCGAGCGCUGGCACAACGCCCAGUUUGCCGACCCGCUGGACCCGGACAGCGACACCCGUGUGGCCGUGGUCAACCUCAAAAGCGGCCAGCGGCCCUACCUGUUCACCCAUCGCCAUGGCGGCAUGCGCUUUGAGCUGCUGCGCCAGAGCGCCCGCAUUCAGGUGGGGCGCGGCAUGCGCGUGGCCACCACCGACGCGGUGCUGGCCGUGCUGCAGGAACGCGGGGAGCUGUUCGACUACGGCGAAGGGGCCGUGGCCUAUGUGAGCGACGGCAAGGCCCGGCCCGUCACACCGGACUGGCUGACCGACCACAUGGGCCGGGUGUGCGAGUUCUAUUCCAUGCGCCACCGCAGAAAAGCCGAUGGCGAGGAAGCACCCGAAGAAGGCCCGGAAGAUGCCCCCUUGAGCGUGGCCCGCGCCAUCCUGGCCAAGCAUGGCGAGCGCGGGUUCAAAAAGCUGGUGGCGGUGGUCACGGCGCCCACCCUGCGCAUUGACGGCAGCAUUCUGGACCGCCCUGGCCACGACGAGGCAUCGGGCCUGCUGUUCUAUUGCGAACACCCCAAUCCACCGCUCCACAAGGAGCAAACCAUGACUGAAACCGAAGCCCGCAAGGCAUUCAACACCGCCAGCACAGAGCUGCAAACGGCCCUGGCCAAGUACCAGGGCGCGCGCACUGAACUGCACCGCAUCACCGGCGAAUUUGUGGCCGCAGACCAAGCGCUGAGCCUCCGGUUCAGCGGCGCCUGCGCGGGCCUGCCAAUCACCGAUAGCGCCGACACAUCAAAACCCACGGCCCUGGCCGACUGCUGA